AUGACCAUGGUAGAAAAGGUCCUGGUCGUGGUGACUUUCGUCAUCAGCUUGGUCGUGAAUGGUUUGUCAGCAAGUGGUGUUUUCGGGCAAUCGAUCGGUGCCAUCUCCGACCAGUAUCCCACCUACGUGACUCCAGACGGCUUGACCUUCUUGAUAUGGAGUGUCAUCUACACCCUGGAGCUGAUUCUCGUGAUCGCGCAGUGCUUCCCUACUGAGAGUGCCGAGAAGCUUCUGCAGCAGUCCUGCUGCCUGACCACCACCACAGUUCGUGUGCGGCUGAUCAUCGCGUUUCUCCUCAAUGCACUCUGGUUGCCCUUCUACGUGAACCUGUACUGGGGCAAGGCUCUGCUUGUGAUCGUCGUCUACCUCAUUUUUCUGCUCUUGGCUUACAUCGACGUAAACACCACGACCACGACCUCGUUCUGGGAGUGGGUCUUGUACGGUGCGGGCAUUGCAUGCAACAUCAGUUGGGUGAUUGUGGCGACAGCCGCCAACAAGUUCACUCUUCUGGGCUCCUUCGGUUGGGAGGACGUCUAUGGAGUUGCAGGGACCCCAUGGGCCGCAGUCCUUGUUGUUGCCGUCGUUGCAUCCGUGGCCGUUAUGAUAGGCACAAUGCGCAGCGAUUUUGCUUGGUCGAUUACGGCAUGCUGGGCUCUAGCAGGGCUGCACAGGCAGCACACGAUCUCCGACCCGAGCAGCUUCCCUCCGGAAGCCAUGAACAAGACGUUGGCGCUGUGCGCGCUUUGGGCGGCCAUCGUCGUUGGGGUGGCAACGGUGACUGGCCUCUUCCUGAUACCUUACAAUGGCGUUUUCAAGUCCAAGGGCCGGGAGAUUGAGCACAAGCCCCUGAUUGUUGGAUGA